AUGGUGGUCCGUGUCUUCAGCAGUCCCGACGAGGUCGGCAACGCUGUGAGCCAGCUUAUUGUUGACCAAAGCAAGCAAGCCAUUGCCUCACAGGGUCGCUUCACGGUUGCGCUCUCGGGUGGCUCGUUGCCCCAGAUUCUGAACAAGGGCCUUCAGUCUAUGAAAGAUGGCGUCGACUUCUCGAAGUGGUUUGUUUUCUUUGCUGACGAGCGCUGUGUGGCACUAGACGACGAUGAUAGCAAUUUUAAAGCUUGCAAGGCAGCACUUCUUGAUUUUAUUCCUGUGCCAGCGAGCCAAAUUUGCACCAUUGAUGCUUCGUUGACCCCCAAAGAUAUGGCUGUGGACUACACCAAGAAGUUGGCCAAAAUCUGGGGCAGCAACGUACUGCCUCGAUUCGACUUGAUUCUACUAGGUAUGGGUCCAGAUGGCCAUACAUGCUCGCUUUUCCCGGGCCACGCGCUUCUUGAAGAAAAGACACUGUAUGUGGCAUCUAUCGAGGACUCACCCAAGCCACCUUCGCGGCGCAUCACACUAACCUAUCCAGUGAUUAACAAUGCCGCCAAUGUUGCAUUUGUCGCCACUGGCGCUGGCAAGGCCGAGCUGAUCCCGCACAUGCUUGGUCUCGAGAAACGCACACCGACACUCCCUGCUGCUAAUGUCAACCCCACAGAUGGCAUAGUCUACUGGUUUAUAGAUGAAGAUGCUGCCAGUAAGCUCUCGGAAGAGGCCAAGAUUUAG